UCGAGCGGUCGCGGAGCGGGAGGCCUGUGGGCGCGGACCGUCAGCGCCUCGGGAGGGACCAUGGAGCCCUUGGUGGAGCCUCGGUGGCCUGCGGGCCUGGAGUUCAUGAAGACAAUAGAUGAUUUGCUUCGAUGUGGCAUUUGCUUUGAAUAUUUCAACAUUGCCAUGAUAAUUCCUCAGUGUUCACACAACUAUUGUUCUCUCUGUAUAAGAAAAUUUUUGUCCUACAAAACUCAGUGUCCAACUUGUUGUGUGGUGGUCACGGAGCCAGACCUGAAAAACAACCGCAUUUUAGACGAACUGGUAAAAAGCAUGAGUUUUGCCCGGAAUCGUCUAUUGCGGUUUACUUUAGAGUCACCACCUCUAUCUCCUGCUUCUUCUUCUUCUUCUUCUUCGAAGAAGCUUGCUAUCAAAGUAUCUACUCCUGGGGUCUUCCGACAUCCUACAAAGCAAGGAAGCAGACUAAUGGACAAUUUCUUGACCAGAGAAAUCGGAGAUUCUCCAUCAGAGUUGUCAAUAAAAGAAAAUGCCAGACAAUUUAGCCCUCAAAAAGAGACAAGCCUUUCUACUGAGACCAAAAAGACAGGCUUUGUAGAAGAGGUGGCACCUGGUUCCUCAGAUGUUAAUGGUCCAGUGACACCCUCUACAUCUGCUUUGAAGCAAGAUACUAAAGUGGAUUGUCCUGUUUGUGGGGUUAACAUUUCAGAAAACCACAUUAAUAAGCACUUAGACACCUGUUUAUCACGUGAAGAGAAGAAGGAAAGCCUCAGAAGUUCUCUUCACAAAAGGAAGCCGCUGCCCAAAACUGUGUAUAACUUACUCUCUGAUCGUGAUUUAAAGAAAAAGCUAAAGCAGCAUGGAUUAUCUGUUCAAGGAAAUAAACAGCAGCUUAUUAAAAGGCACCAAGAAUUUGUACACAUGUACAAUGCCCAGUGUGAUGCUUUGCAUCCUAAAUCAGCUGCUGAAAUAGCCCAAGAACUUGAAAACAUGGAGAAGACUAGGAUGCGCCUUGAAGCAAGUAAACUCAACGAGAGUAUGAUGGUUUUUACAAAGGACCAAACAGAAAGUGAAAUAGAUGAAAUUCACAGUAAAUACCGUAAAAAACAUCAGAAUGAAUUUCAGCUUCUGGUGGAUCAGGCCAAGAAAGGAUACAAGAAAACUGGUUGGACAUCAGAAAACAAAGCAACGGGAAAAGGACAGGAAGAUGUUACAGUGAAAUUCUCAGAUACCACCUUGGUAACAAACCACUCUCUUCAGUCAAAACCAGGCUCCCCAGGGAGAUCUGAGCCCGAGGGACCAGAUGAUUCUUCUGGCUGCACUGAUAUUCAAGAAGGGGCUCUUUUCUCAGAGUCAGAUUCAUGUAAUAGUUCCAGUUCAGACAUCAUAAGAGAUCUCCUGGAAGAAGAAGAGGCCUGGGAAGCAUCAUAUAAAAAUGAUCUUCAAGACAGAGAAGUAAGUCCAAGACAGAACCGCCGCACAAGAGCAGCUGAAAAUGCUGAGACUGAGCCAAGAAACAAGCGUAAUAGGAAUUAGUGUGGGCCUUUGCCUGCUUUUCUAAUACAGUGAUAGAAUAUGGUACUUUUGAUUACCAUAUAUAGGUUGCACAUAUAUAAUUACCCAAGGGAAUGUGUUUAAUUCUAAAUGUAAUAGUUAAUUUGUUUUGUUUUGUUUUCUGUUGCCUUCCCAGAAGCAGAAAAAUAUUACAAAACACUCCCCUUGGUCAGUUGCUUCCUGCAUCUAGCAACCACCAGCUUUCCAGAGUGGGUACACUGCUUGGCAAAGAUAUUUGGUUUGAUUUCUAAAUUUCAGAAUGUCCUUAGAUGUUUUUCCUUUUCUUCCAUAGAGAAGCCAACUUCACAAAUCUUCUUUAUUGUAACAGGCAGUUGACUUAAGAGUGACUGUAUGUUGGAGUGAGUACCCAAAUAGCAGUGACUAGAUGGAUGUUGCAGAUGUUGUUUAGUGCAGUUGUUUGUUGUUACAUAUUACUCAAAGUAGGAUUAUAAUAUAAAGUCACAGUAAUAUAAUUUUCUUUAAGUCAGAUAGUAUUGUAAUUUAAAGUCACGAAGUCAUAAUAGCUGAAACCUUAUUCUUCUGAAGUGGCACUUAAAAUGAUUGCAGUUAGUACUUUUUCACUUGGGUCAGUCACAUCACUAACACUGAAUCCUAGCUGUUAAACAAAAAGUAUGAAAUAAAUGGAUUUUAUAAAUGAA